CGACCAGGACACUACGAUUUUUGGUAGGUUCCCCCGUCUCAUUAGGUUCGCGCUUCGUCGAGCAACGCGGGGUUAACAAAGAAUCAGCCGUGCGCAUGCAAUUCUACGCUAUUGAAAUCGCCAGAAACCGUGCCGGUCUGAAUGACUGGAUUUAUGAGAAGGCCAACCCGGAAAAGACGAGCUCAUAAAGCUAACGUUAUCCCUUUGUUCUCACCCCAAUGAUUAUAGUCAAGGGGAACACGGUCCACCGGCAGACUGACUUCCGUCAAGUACGAUCUACUCACGUUGUAGACUCCCAGCUUCCGGAGCGCUAUGCAGAUGACCUUGGUAUCUGAUAGAUGACCCUCGACUUUCUAUAGAUUACUUAAAAGCAAAUCAUGUACAUACAUUACGGUUUGUGUAGGUAGUUUGGAUCCAAUGGUACAGUACAAUGUGGAUCACGGGGCUAUUGAUACCGCCGAAGAACAAUGGCAACGCAACCCCAUUGAUUUUCCUCCACAACCUCACCAAUUCCUGGACAACUUUAACAAUCAGUAAAGCCAAGAAUAGCACAAUGGUUCUACAUAGGUUGCAUAUCUUGCUUAUCUCAUGGCUGGCCGUGCCCCUCUUUUCUAUAUCUCUACCCUUCAAGUCGUCCAUCCAACACAAAGACCAUGAAGUACUCGGUCUCAAAGCAAUGACAUAACAUUCAAAUUCAUUAUGAUAAGUAUCUAUCAAGUCAAGCGCCGCUUGGACUGGAACCCAAGUUGGUUGUCGCUUUUCAGCUUCACCACCAAAAAACACAUUUCAACUCUUGGCUUUGCGUUCCUUUUCGCUUUAUUGGCCAGCGCUGCUUCUCCGGCUUUUGCUAUACUACUUGGAGAGACCUUCGAAGCUUUGGCAGCAUUCGGUAGUGAUCAAAUCACUGGUCAGGAGCUGAUGCAGAAGACAAAAACAACCUGUGUCAAGUUAGCAUGCUUAGGUGUCUAUAGUUGGUUCUGUAACAGCAUCUAUUUCAUUCUUUUUGUCAUCUUUGGAGAAUUACAAGUCGCCAAUGCGCAGGGGGUACUCUUCAAUGGGCUCAUGCGAAAUAACCAGGAAUGGUUCGAAACACAACAGGAUGGAACCCGGGCCUUUUUAACCUACCUCCAAACGUUAGUAUACCCUGAGUUGUUCUAUGCUUGUCUAACGUCUAAUAGCCAAAUCAAUGAGUUGCAGAAAUCAACCUCUCAGCCUCUGGGGCUGCUAUUGCAGUAUACUUUCCGAGCCAUUGCCUCGCUAGCAUUGGCCUUCUACACUUCUUGGAACCUCUCUCUGGUCACACUGGCGGGAAUUCCGUUAUUUUCCGCCAUGACUUCGAUCAUAUCAGCCAAGAUCAAGUCCAGGAUUGAAGCACAGCAGGGCGAACUCGCCGGAGCAUCCAAAGUUGUCAACAGCGCUACUAGUUCGAUUGGUACGGUGAAGUGUCUAAACGGCGAAGCCUUUGAACUUCAAAAUUUCUCGAACAGAGUUGACAAGGCUGCCUCCCAGUAUCUUAAGCAAGCGCGGUUGAAUGCCAUCCAGAUAGCACUCAUCCGAUUGAUGACGUAUGGCAUGUUUGUUCAAGGUUUCUGGUAUGGUAGCAAUUUGGCAUCAUCUAGACGACUCUCCGCUGGUGACGUUUUAAGAACAUUCUGGGCUUGCUUAAAUGCCGCCCAGUCCAUCGAAUUUAUCAUGACACAAGUCAUUGUAUUAGAUAAAGGCGCAGUUGCAGCUUCCGCAUUGAAGACUAUGGACAAUCAGAGCAAAGACGGGGGCCCGAAAGAAAUGAAGGGCGCGAUAUAUCCAUGUCAUUGCGAUGGUGAUAUUGAAGUGAGAGAGCUUUCUUUUGCAUACUCAUCCCAGCCGGAUAGGCUAAGCAUAAACUCGGCAAGUUUCUUCUUCCCAGCGGGGGAAACAACUUUUGUUAUCGGGAGGAGCGGUUCUGGGAAAAGCACUCUAGGUCAACUCCUUACUCGGAUAUACUCGCCAACCUCUGGUGAAAUUCUUAUCGAUGGCAUACCCAUACAAACCUUGAGCAAGCAUUGGAUCAAGAAAAAUUUCACCCUAGUAGAACAACGGAGUAUUCUCUUCAACGAAUCCAUCUUCAUGAAUAUAGUCUUUGGAGGGCAGGACUAUGAUCAGAUCCGAAAGGAAGAUGUCCAAAAGUGCAUCGAUCUGGCCAUGUUACAAAGUGUAAUCGACCACAUGCCAAAUGGUAUCGACACCUGCGUGGGCUAUAGCGGUAGCUGCCUAAGCAGCGGCCAGCGGCAAAGGGUGGGAAUCGCCAGAGCUAGAUUGAGGAAUACUCCAGUUCUGAUCCUGGACGAGCCCACAAGUUCUCUAGACGGGACAAAUCGUCGCGAGGUGAUUCGAGCAAUCCGGGAGUGGCGUAAAGGAAAGACAACCAUCAUCAUCACCCAUGACAUGUCGCACAUCUCGGACAGAGACUUUGUUUAUGUCCUGGACCAAGGCUCUGUUGCACAAGCUGGAUACAGAUUUGAGCUUGAGAAAGUCGCAGGCAAUGAGAAGUUCUUUCCCUCCGACGAGAAGAACUCCCUGCGGGCUGAUCCCGACUCUCCGCAUGAAGUUCAGAACAUGUUCUCAGAGGCAACCCUAGUGGAUUCAAUCCGCAUGACGACAAAAAGUCGGCGUAUAUCUUCCGUGAUUAUGGGCUUUAGACCCGAAUCAUACAAUGAAAAAUGCCCAAAGCCCGGGCUUUCUUUUGUGACCACACCACAGCGGGGCUUGCAAGACCCUUAUGGAGUGCCGCUGGAAGUUCUCGAAAAAGGCGCGACUAGAUCAAUUCAGCUCUCUGAUGAUUUCCGCAGAGGAUCCAGACACCGCAGAAGUAUGCACCGCAUACGGCGCCAAACAAUGUCCCUGUCUCAGAUAAUGCUCACAAUAAUACCAAACCUGACCAUUGGGCAACGUGUUCUUCUGCUUCUUGGGUGUUUAUUUACGCUAUGCCACUCAAGUUCCACGCCUAUAUUCUCGUAUUUCCUCGCAAAGUUGCAGGCAACUUUCUUCAACAAGCAUCCGGGCACCCUAAAAUGGGCGCUGGCUGUUUUGGGAAUCUCAAUAUCUGAUGGAAUUAUAUCAUUUUUUAUGCAUUAUCUUCUGAGUCUAUGUGGCCAGGCUUGGGUAGAUAGUCUCCGAAAAAAGGCAUUCCGCCGAGUUCUCGAUCAGCCGCAGGAAUGGUUCGAGGAAGAAGAGAAUAAUCCGUCACAGCUUACUGCUUGCCUAGCUCGAGACGGUGAGGAAAUGCGAGAGAUACUUGGCCGCUUCGGUGGCUAUGUCUUGGUUGCUACUUCGAUUACCAUUAUAGCCACUAUAUGGAGCUUGGCUCUGUGUUGGAAACUAACACUGGUCGCGCUUUCCAGUGGUCCUAUCAUAUACGCAAUUACAAGAGGUUUCGAGCGAAUCAGUGGACUGUGGGACGGACGCUGUAAUGAGGCUUGACACUUGAGCCAUUCUUCCAGGGCAAACACACGAAGGCCUUGUCAAGAUGUCUGACAACUGGAUUGAGGAGAGCGGGUUAUACAGGGUUUAUUUUUGGUCUAGUGGAGUCCACAAUUUUAUUUGUCAGCG